AUGUGUGGAACCACCAGUUUUCUCUAUAUGUGCAGAAGGUUAAUCCUCGUUAAUGCUCAGAACAUUGAGUUUCUACAGAAAGGGUUGCAUGUCCACACAUGUUUUGGCAUCUACUCACACAUUUCUGUUUGGUAUGACUGUGCAUCCCAGAAGAAGGGCUGUGGUGUGUGCAUUUGCCCUUCAGUGGAAUUCAACAAACUGAUUCCUGAAAAUGGUCUCAUCAAGUUCCACCAGGUGAGAAGAGUGAUGACCAUCCUUUUCCUUACUAUGGUUAUUUCAUACUUCGGUUGCAUGAAGGCUGCCCCCAUGAAAGAAGCAAACGUCCGAGGACAAGGCAGCUUGGCCUACCCAGGUGUGCGGACCCAUGGGACUCUGGAGAGCGUGAAUGGGCCCAAGACAGGUCCCAGAGGCCUGACAUCAUCAUUGGCGGACACUUUUGAACAUGUGAUAGAAGAGCUGUUGGAUGAGGACCAGAAAGUUCGGCCCCAUGAAGAAAACAAUAAGGACGCGGACUUGUACACUUCCAGGGUCAUGCUCAGUAGUCAAGUGCCUUUGGAGCCGCCUCUUCUCUUUCUGCUGGAGGAAUACAAAAAUUACCUGGAUGCUGCAAACAUGUCUAUGAGGGUCAGGCGCCACUCUGACCCCGCCCGUCGUGGGGAGCUGAGCGUGUGCGACAGCAUUAGCGAGUGGGUAACAGCAGCAGAUAAAAAGACUGCAGUGGACAUGUCGGGCGGGACGGUCACGGUCCUUGAAAAAGUCCCUGUAUCGAAAGGCCAACUGAAGCAGUACUUCUACGAGACCAAGUGCAAUCCCAUGGGUUACACAAAGGAGGGCUGCAGGGGCAUAGACAAGAGGCAUUGGAACUCCCAAUGCCGAACUACCCAGUCGUAUGUGCGGGCCCUUACCAUGGAUAGCAAAAAGAGAAUUGGCUGGCGAUUCAUAAGGAUAGACACUUCCUGUGUAUGUACAUUGACCAUUAAAAGGGGAAGAUAGUGGAUUUAUGUUGUAUAGAUUAUAUUGAGACAAAAAUUAUCUAUUUGUAUAUAUACAUAACAGGGUAAAUUAUUCAGUUAAGAAAAAAUAAUUUUAUGAACUGCAUGUAUAAAUGAAGUUUAUACAGUACAGUGGUUCUACAAUCUAUUUAUUGGACAUAUCCAUGACCAGAAGGGAAACAGUCAUUUUUGCGCACAACUUUAAAAAGUUUGCAUUACAUUCCUCGAUAAUGUUGUGGUUUUUUGCCGUUGCCAAGAAUUGAAAACGUAAAAAAGUUUAAAAAAAUAAUAAUAAAUUGCAUGCUGCUUUAAUUGUGAAUUGAUAAUAAACUGUCCUCUUUCAGAAAACAGACAAAAAAAAAAAAACUAACAAAAAUUUGAACCAAAACAUUCCGUUUACAUUUUAGACAGUAAGUAUCUUCGUUCUUGUUAGUACUAUAUCUGUUUUACUGCUUUUAAAACUUCUGAUAGUGUUGGAAUUAAAACAAUGUCAAGGUGCUGUUGUCAUCGCUUUACUGGCUUAGGGGAUGGGGAUGGGAGGGGUAUAUUUUUGUUUGUUUUGUGUUUUUUUUGUUUGUUAGUUUUGUUUUUUGUUUUUGUUUUAUUUUUAGUUCCCACUGGGAGUAGGGAUGGGGAAAGAAUUUCUUCAAUAUAUAUUCUGGUUGAUAAAAGAUUCAUUUGUACGCUGUAAAUUUGUUUGCAAUAUCAAUCAGAUGACGAAAGUGAAUAAAAAUUAAGGCAACUGAAUGAAGUGCUCACUCCACUUCCCAUGAUGCACCUCCUAGGCUCUCACUCACCCUUUGGGCCUUGGUCAGAGAAAGCUUCUUUUGUUGGAAAGACCUACAUUUACUUAGAGCACAUUCUUUCCCCCCCUCCUCCUUUGGUCCCCUCUUUGUUUUGUUUUCUCUUAAGGAAGAAAAAUCAGUUCUGCGCUCUUAAAUAUUUUACCACUGCUGUGAACUAGUGAACAAAUUUUAUCAUAUCAUGGCACUCAUGUAAGCAUGGAGAACAGUGAUUUCUUUCUUUUAGAAGAGAAAAUGAACAACCAAAAAAUAAUUCAAAAAUACAAGAUUUUUUUUAUAAGGGGUAAACAAUUUGGUUAAAUCAUUGUAAGGCUUGAAAGGAAAAUCAUGGUAAGACUUCAAAAUGUCUUGCAAGCAAAGGGUGGUGUUCUGUAUGGACCCAGAAAUGCCUAGAUCAGAACAGGAGUCCACACUGCCAGUGAAAUGAGACUGAACAGCCAUAUGGAGUCUGUGUGGAGGUGACAUAUCAUUUCUGGGCAAUGCCAGAGGAAUUUCUGAGUGGCCAUCCUGAGGUCUAGGUGGAGGUGGGGCAUGGUACUUGAGACACUCCAAAAGGGAGGCCUCUGAAGGAUCCUUCAGAGGUGGCUCCGGAAUGACAUGUGUCAAGUUCUUUGGACCUCACGCUUUAAGUGCCUACAUUAUCUAACUGUGCUAAGAGGUUCUCACUGGAGGACCACGCUCAAGCCGACUUAACACCUUCUACCCCUAGAUAAUUUUGCAUAAAGCUAGAUUAUCCUGGAGCAGGUUCUGAACCAAAUGUGGCAUUGUGAUCAUGAGAUUGAUGCGAUGAGAUAUAAGAUAUUUGCUACCUGCAUACUUACUGCUUUGAAAUUAGACUUGAGGAAACCAGGGUUUUGUCUUUUAAGUUCUUUCAGUAAGGGCAAAGGGAGGGGAACAGGAAAAGGCCCCAAAACUCAGGUUGGAUGAUCAAGGCUACCCAUAGAAAAUCUCGUGCAGAGACAAGAUCUGGAAAGGUGUCCGGGGACACCAACAGUUUGACGGUGCCUUGCUCAGUGGAAUAGGCCAGGACUGAGCUGACAAAGUUUUGCUCCCCAGUGAAGACCACAGCAAACUUCUGCCCAUCCAGUCUGUUCAUGGAGAGAGUCACUGCCUUACCUCUACCAUCUUAGGUUAGAAGAAGUCAAGUUGGGAGCCUGGAAUAGUAAUCCUGGGCAAAAUGGACCCCUGUAAAAAUUAGUGCUAAGCCUAUUUACUCAUUAAUAAACCCACUGUCCAAAUCUUCAAGCAUCCCAGACCAGUGUCCUUAAGUAUCAGAAAGCCUCAAGAAAUUGCUGUGUCUUAGUAGGGUGAGGGAUAAGCAAAAGAGGGUGUCUACCAUCACCCAGGGGAUGACGACACUAUCAGCAAAUAAUUUCUCUUUGUUCAGUCUUUCAUUUAGAGCGAGCCUAUCUUUUACAGUACGAUCUGAAUACAUGUCAUUAAAAGAAGGGAUUUAUGUAGCAUAGGUUUGUUUUGUGCUGUUUGAAAAUUCUGUCUUUGUAAUUAUUUUUAACAUGUAAUGAAUACUUGGAAUAUCUGCUGUAUGUUAACUUUUAAGCUUUGUUUUGAGGGACAAUGUUAUUUAAAAAAAAAAAAAAAGUCCCCAUCAUGAUCUCAAAGCACUGCAAAGGCCAGAUCUGUUUAAUGGUUGAGUAGGAGACAUUCAGCAAUUGUGUGGUCAGUGGCUCUCUCUUAUCCAAUAAGAUGCAUCAUAGUCACAUGCUUGGUGGUUUAUGUUGACCUAAGACUUUUUUUUGUUAAAAUCUUUCUCUGUUGCUGUUCAUUUUUGUUCUGUUUUGUUUUGUUGUUUUGUUUUGUUUUUUAAAGUCUUGCCGUGGUCUCUGUGGCAGAAGUGUUUCAUGCAUGGCAGCAGGCCUGUUGCUUUUUUAUGGUGACUCCCAUUGAAAAUGUAAGUAAAUGUCUGUGGCCUUGUUCUCUCUAUGGUAAAGAUAUUAUUCACCAUGUAAAACAAACAAAAAAAUAUUUAUUGUAUUUUAGUAUAUUUAUAUAAUUAUGUUAUUGAAAAAAAUUGGCAUUAAAACUUAA